AUGACGCCUCCCUCAGUACUUGUGAACACUUAUUUCAGUGCCAGUGAUAAACCUUACAUCGAUCCUAUAUCAAAGGUUUUCAUUUUAAGUCAAUUAGCUUUUGGUAUAAUUAGACUUCCUUUGAUCGGCGACGUACAUGUAGGUUUCAUAGUUCUGGCGGCCGUGUACUCCCUGCUGGCAUCAUGUUACUACGUGGGUGUGGUGUACCUGCUCAGGAAUGCAUACGUGUUGAACUUCGUCAUCUUCAUCUUCUAUUUCCAAUGCGUCUUCUUCAUGCUAUUCAAUGUCGUGUCAAUCAAGAGAAUGCACCGCUAUUACAACGAGCUGAACGUUUUCGAUAAAGAAGUUGGCUGUAGACCAAAAAUUGGCAAAGGUUCGAUAAGGAAUUUGAUAGCAACAGUUUUAAUGAUACUGUACAAUGUGAUAUUGUUUGCUCUACCAUAUGUUGUUGUUACUUUGGAGAACCUUGAGCUAUGGAUGUUGCCGUUCCCUAUCAUCCACAUAUUAGAAGUACAUUUUUGUGGCCACCUACUGAGUCUUCUAAUUCCUCGGCUGCGUCUGAUAAACUACUACAUGGAGCUAUCGCUGUCAAAUAGUAAAAUAUCAAAAACGUUGAAUAUUGAGAAGUUUGGGUAUUCGAAAGCUGAUAGCAACAAGACUCUUUGUAAGAUGGAAAAGGUGAUGAAUCUGUACCACAACAUGAUAAAAGCUUACAAUUAUCUGAUAGAAGCUGUAAAAUGGCAGUUGCUGGUCACAAUCGUGUCUGCAUUCCUCAAUAUUCUGUCUUGCUGCUACAGAGUAUCUUUGACUAUUAUCAAGGAAGAUAUGCCUUUGUCAUUCAUGAUUACCUACGUGGGGCUGCUAGCAGGCAUCAUGUUACCAUUGUUCUCACCAUGUAUGCUUGGAGACCAGGUUCAUGAUGAAGUCCGAAGACUUAGGGAGUUACUGGCUUCGAGACUUUAUGAGAAUCAACUAGAUAAGUCAAGCCGCGGUAUGGCUCGAGCACUACUGGCGUGGACGGAGACAAGGGACCUCUCGUUUUCCUUACUUCGGAUGCUGGACAUUGACAUAUCACUGCCGUUCAAGUUCGUCGGCCUUCUCGUCACUUAUCUCAUCAUUUUGCUGCAAUUCCAGAAAGUUAUUAACCCAUAA